CGUGGCCGUGCCAGAGUGAGUUCAGGCUGCGCCGGGUCGGACCGAAACCACCGGGGUUCCCAAAUUAAACCGAGGGGACGCAGAGCCGCGCGCACACACGCGGGAGACACGCGGAGAAGGACUGGGAGAGAGAGAGGGAGAGAGAGCGGCGGACGGCGGAGCAGAGCCGAAGAAAAGACACCACAGCGUAAAAAGAAACGGGUUCACUCUUUUCUGGCGCUCGCGUGCGCAUCGACGAAGAAGAAGUCAGAGGACAGGUGCUCUUAUUGAUAUGGAUUUAUUCAUUUAUCGAUCUAUUGAUUCGGCUUUAAUUGGGGCUUCGCGGUAGAGAAGGAGAAAGAAACAAGGAGGGAAGGAGAGGGAGGAGCGAAAGUCAGACCGGAUCCUGCGCAGCCUUACUUUAUUAUUUUAUUAUUUCUAGCUUUUACCAAAUAAUGAAUUUGCGUUUCUUCGUGGCGUCUCGUUGUGUGCGUGAACCAGCUACGAACCGAAUCCUCACCGCAACCAAAAAAGCCGCAACUCCAGUCUGACGCGGACACUUCCAGCUCCUGCGUGGAUUCACCGGUGGACAGCGUGUUUGAGACUUUUCGUGACAGUACAUCAGACCCGCGUGUUUCAGCCCGAAGCAAAGCGGCGCCGACAGAGGACCAGGACCACGGAGCCGCCGCGAUCUCUGCCCGCAGCUCGCGCUCAGUAAAUGGAGUGUAAUUGCAUCAGCGGAGGCAGCUGACAGAGGAACAGCAGCCGCUUGCAAUCGGAACCGAACCCACAGUCCACUGUCCAGUCGCGUCCAGCCCCGUCGGCCUGUUCGGAUCCACGCUGGUCCAGUAGCUGCGUUCAUCCUCCCAGAACCAGGCGUGAACGCGUGAGCCGAACUAGACGUCCGUCUGCUCGUCCCACAUCUACAAAUCCACGCACGGAGAUGUGAAUCCCGCAACUCGGGCCGAGUCCACGAAAAGCCCACGCACCGAGCCUUUCCGAACCAUCCCAGCGUCCGAACCACGGCGUCCACAAACCUGGAAGGUGCACGAAGAAAGACCAAAGAAGCACAGCAGGACGACGGAUAGGACGGAAGACAAGUGAGAGUACCGUAAAACCCACGGCCCCCAGGUCGACAGAGGACCAUGUUUGUCCCCCUGCCGGUCCCCUUCGUCUUUCAGAGAACAGCGUCCGACUUCAGCGCCUGGAGACUCAAGUCCUCGCUGGCUCCGCGGUCCAGCCCCGAUAUCAGGAUGUCCAAAGCAGCAGAAGAGGAGAAGCCUGGGGCUGAUUAUCCAGGGGACAGCUCAGACUCGGACAGAAACAGCCCUGAUGACCAGGUUCAGCCAAUGAAAAGCAGCCCCUUCAGUCGCUCCCCCACAUCAGCUGCCAGCAAGGGAAAGAAUGAGGAGAGCUGUGAGAUGAGCCACAGUGCAGUUCCCACCGCGCCCUCCCAGCAGCACCAUCACACACAGCUGAUGCUGGCUGGCAGUCAACUGGCAGGGCUCGCCGCCCUCCUCCCGGCCCAGCAGCAGCUGCUGCUCCAGCAGGCUCAGGCUCAGCUGCUGGCGGCCGCCGUGCAGCAGUCCAACGCCGCCCACGCCGCCCACGCCGCCGCGCAGCAACAGGCCAACCAGCAGCAGCAGCAGCAGCAGCAGCAGCAGAACCAGGCCCACACGCAGCAGCAGGCGGCCAAACAGGAGCAGGCGGCCAAAGCCCCGCCUCCUCCCCCACAGCUGGCUCUGUCACAGCCCAUCCAGCUCACGGCCCAGGACAUCCAGCAGCUGCUGCAGCUCCAGCAGCUGGUUCUGAUGCCGGGUCACCCCCUCCAGUCUCCGGCCCAGUUCCUGCUGUCCCAGCCAACACAGGCUCAGCAGACACAGCAGGGUCUGCUUUCAACCCAAAAUCUGAUCCAGCUACCUCAGCAAAGCCCAGGGGGGCUCCUGACGACGCCCCCCCGCCUGGGACUUCAAGCACAGAGGGAGAAGAGCGCUGAUGGUGCCGGUGCCGGUGCCGGUGCUGGUGGAGGCGGCGGUGGCCCAGUUGCCACGGGCAGCGGUGGAGUCGGGGUUGUGGCGUCUGUGGGCGCUUCCUCUGCCUCCAGCAGCGCCAUCGCCUCCUCCCUCUCCACCGCUCACAUGGGGGACGAGCCCAGCGACCUGGAGGAGCUGGAGCAGUUCGCCCGCACCUUCAAGCAGCGCCGCAUCAAGCUGGGAUUCACCCAGGGGGACGUGGGCGUGGCCAUGGGCAAACUCUACGGCAAUGACUUCAGCCAGACCACCAUCUCCCGCUUUGAAGCUCUCAACCUGAGCUUUAAGAACAUGUGCAAGCUGAAACCGCUGCUGGAGAAGUGGCUGAGCGACGCUGAAACCAUGGCCGUGGACAGCAUGCUGCCGAGCCCCUCCUCCCUCUCCUCCCCCAUGCUGGGCAUCGAGGGUCUGCCUGGGCGUCGCCGGAAGAAGCGCACCAGCAUCGAGAGCAACGUGCGAGUGGUGCUCGAGCGCAACUUCUGCACGAACCA